AUGAGCAACUUGCUGUUCCGAGCGCUGGCUCGCCUUAAUACUGCCCUAGUCAAGGUGGGCCUUGGACCAAUAUCUCACCACUGGUUAAUUUUGGCGCGAUACUCACAAUAUCCCACUCGAGGAAAAAUAAACCUCAUAAGUUAUCUUUGUUUUUGGCCAAUUUGGUUGUAUUUAGGUCUACGGACAGCAGAAAAGCGCAAUCCGUCCAUUUUACUUACGUACUAG